UCGCAACCGGGCAACGUGGGUUUAUGUCGCAGCAUGGGACACAUACUGGCAAAACAUUUUUUCCAGUAAUAGUUGUUGGAUCUGUUGGAUUAUCGGUACCGGUUCAGAGGUUUCUGCUGUCCUCCAGCGGUCCCUAGGAGGAACUACAGUACGGGCUGGGUAACCUCCUCCUCGGCCGCCGCUCUGUGUUUGUGUAUGUGGGAUGCGGGUCAAGCGGAACUCACGGCUAAAACUGCGCUUCAAAUCAAACUCAAACACCGGCUUACAUCUGCCUGGCGUGCUCUCGUCCCUAAGCCGGAGCCUUGCAGACACACAACAAUGAAGAGAGGCAGACACCCAAGUAGCAGCGAUGACUCCGACAAUGGAAGUAGUUCUACCUGCUGGUCCCAACAUUCAUCACAGCCCAGGAGGGGGACCGGGCAGAAACCCUCAGAGGUUUUCAGGACCGACCUGAUCACAGCCAUGAAAGUGCACGACUCGUACCAGCUGAACCCCGAGGAUUACUACGUCCUCGCCGACCCAUGGAGGCAGGAGUGGGAGAAAGGAGUCCAGGUUCCUGUCAGCCCCCAGUCCAUCCCACAGCCUGUCGCCAGGGUGCUGGCAGAAAAAGGAAAAGAAGUGAUGUUCAUCAGGCCAAAGAAGUUGAUCCGGACAUCAGGAGCUGAGGCUCUGGGCUACGUGGACAUCCGGACGCUAGCAGAGGGAAUGUGUCGCUACGACCUCGAUGAGGAAGACGUAGCCUGGCUGCAGAGUGUCAACCAGGAGUUUGUAGAUAUGGCCUUGCCACUGCUGGACGAGAUCACCAUGGAGCGUGCGAUGGAGGAAUUCGAGCGCUGCUGCCAUGAUAACAUGACGCACGCAAUGGAGACGGAAGAAGGGCUGGGAAUAGAGUACGAUGAAGACGUGGUUUGUGAUGUUUGUCAGUCGCCUGACGGGGAGGACAACAACGAGAUGGUGUUCUGCGACAAGUGCAACAUCUGUGUUCACCAGGCGUGUUACGGCAUCCAGAAAGUCCCAAAAGGCAGCUGGCUGUGCCGAAUCUGCGCCCUCGGCAUCCUGCCAAAGUGCCAGUUGUGUCCCAAGAAGGGGGGGGCCAUGAAGCCGACCAGGAGUGGAACCAAGUGGGUCCACGUCAGCUGUGCCUUGUGGAUACCAGAGGUGAGCAUCGGGAAUCCAGAGAAGAUGGAGCCGAUCACCAACGUGUCCCAGAUUCCCAGCAACAGAUGGGCUCUGAUCUGCUGUCUGUGCAAAGAGAAGACCGGAGCGUGCAUACAGUGCUCAGCGAAAAACUGCCGGACUGCCUUUCACGUGACGUGCGGCCUCCACGCCAGCCUUGAAAUGAACACCAUCCUCACCGAGGACGACGAGGUCAAGUUCAAGUCCUACUGCCCAAAACACUCGGGACUUGAGGGCGACGAGUCCAGAGACCGAGACUCAGGAGGCGAGGAUGAGAAGGAGAGCGCUAGAGACAAGAAGGGCAAGAGGAGAGGCAGGGUGAGAAGUGAGGAAGACGCCGCCUCCUCCUCUUCCUCUCCGUAUGUGGCUCCACAGAUGAUCAGCAGAGCGCCCACAGAUCUGGAGGCACUCAGCAGCCGGCAGCAGGAGAAGAGAGUUAACCUCCGCAAGCUGAAGCUGCAGGCGAUGGAGGAGGACUUCUACCAGUUCGUGGAGGUGGAGGAGGUGGCAGACCACCUGAAGCUGCAGCCGGAGGUGGUGGACUUCGUCUUUCAGUACUGGAAACUGAAACGUAAGGCCAACUUCAACCAGCCGCUCCUCACGCCCAAGAAGGACGAGGAGGAGAGCCUGGCACGACGCGAGCAGGAGGUGCUGCUUCGGCGCCUUCAGCUCUUCACCCACCUCCGUCAAGACCUGGAGAGGGUUCGUAAUCUGACCUACAUGGUGACUCGGAGAGAGAAGAUGAAGCGCUCUUUGUGGAGAGUCCAGGAGCAGAUCUUCCAGCACCAGGUCCGACUGCUCGACCACGAACUGCUCAAAGGAGAUCCUUCAGCGAAGGAUUUGGAGAAGCUCUUCUCUCUCAGCUGGUUAUCCUCUCAGGGCUCCCAGUCUCGCUCCUCAUGGAGCCACUCUGGACUAAAAACCAAACGAGGGUCUUUAAAGCAGGAAAGAAGGAAAAGCAGUGACAAAAGAGGCCCUUCAGACUCCCCGCACACGUACAGGAAGGACAAUCUGAGCAAACCACUGGAGACUAAAGACAGUAAAAAGUCUACACCUGCUGAUGCCUCGAGCGAACCCAAAAUCUUCAACUCUGACGUCAACCAGGAGAUUCCGUUUUUAAAGCUUCACAAGACGGAAGCUUUUCAGGAGACGAUGAAUGUCAAACUGCACAAACCAGAGAGCAAGAAAGUCUUGAAGAAGGAGGCCGAACACGAGGCGCUGAACAGACGGAAACGAGACAACGACCACGAACACGACGAGAAGAGGCGGAAGAGGAGGAGCGACGCUGUGGAAAGCUUCCCAAGCCAAGUAAAGAACCGACUCGGAUCGAAACAGCUGGAGAAAACUGUGUCCAUAAGGCUGGUGGAUAUCAGGAGCUCGGACACUGAUGACUACUUAAUGGAGGAAGGGAUGAGGAAAAGAAACCCCUCCUCAAACGCUGUUGUCGAAGCUAAUGGCUGGCCAAAGAAGGCGAACGGCUCGCACACACCCAGCAGACAAGUGAGUGGACACCUUAAAGGCUGGGGCAAGUUCAGGAUCCCUAAGAGGAGUGAGAGACCUCUGACAGCGAAGGAGGAGGACGAUGACGACGAAGAGGAGGAGGAGGAGCAGCAGCACAAGUCGCUGCUGAGGAUAAACACGUCAAACCCUAAGAGCAGACUCCGCACAGGGACGGAGAGCGACGGCUACACCUCCGACUCCAAACCAACUGACGGCGAGAUGGAGCCCUGCCUGAAACGAUGCCACUCCCACCAGCUGAGGGGCGAGUCGUCUCUCGCUCGCCGCUACGGCUCCGACAUCAUUCGGCGCGGCGUGCUGGCAUCCUGAUGUCAGAAGAACACUUGCUGAGAAAUAAGCUGCACUGUGUUAGUCGUCAAAGAUCGACUGUCGCUCUUUGUACCUUUAUUUUUCUGGAUGAAUAGUAAACAAUGCCUAGAUUAAAAACAGAGCUGAUAUUUAUUUUUUAUUUGUAACAUAUGUAAAUCUGGGAAAUAUUUUACUUUUUACUUUAUUUUGAGCUAGUUCUUAUUUUUAUUUCCUCGUUUUAAAAGUAGAAGGAUGUCAAGUUGCCACUUAAACGCUCGCUCAGAUAUUUACAAGCAAACGCAUCGCCGAGGGAGGAGGUGUGAUUGUUGCUUGGGACCAUAAGCUUGCAAUGUAUUUUGUUUUUGAGAUAGUAUUAAAGUCAGUUGCACUUAGUUGAAAAAGCUGAUAAAUGUCAGUGGACUAGAACUCUAUAGGUUUUUAUUUUAAUCAAGCUAAAAGCUACAAACAGGAAGAAUAACUGCCCUUUUACUGCUAUUUAAACUCCUGCUUUCAUCUUUUCAGACUGUCUUCGACAUUAUGACGGCAUGAAAUGGGAAUCCACAAACCACGACAAAAAAAAGGAAUUCCGAUCGAUGUUUUUACUCGCCAUCAUCAGCACUUAAGUGUAAUUGAACUGCGAUCGUAUCCAUCAUGUGCCUAACUUUUAUUUGAAGCGUUUGCACUACGAGAGGACGGCACAGGUGUGAGGUAUGAGUAGAGUUAUUUUUACACUGAAAAAUAGAAAAAAGCGUUUUGUACCCUCGGCCGCUGCUGUACUACUGUUAUGCAAAAUGAAUCUUGUUUUUCUUUGUCUUUGUCUUAAAGAGGAAUAAAAAGUUA